AAUGUGAGAAAAGUUUCAGUUGCAAGUCCAACCUUACAAUCCAUGAGAGAACUCAUACUGGAGAGAAACCGUACAAGUGCCCUGAAUGUGGGAAAAACUUCACUCAGAGGUCUCAUCUUCGAACCCACAAGCGAAUCCACACUGGCGAGAGGCCACACACCUGCUUGGAGUGUGGGAAGAACUUCCGCGAAAAGAAUGAUCUUGUUCUACAUGAGAGAAUGCAUUCAGGCGAGAAACCCUACCGUUGUCCAGAAUGUGGGAAAUGCUUCAGACAGAGCUCCCAGUUGUAUGUACACGAAAGAAUCCAUACUGGAGAGAAGCCGUACAGAUGCUCAGAGUGUGGCAAAAAUUUUCGCUCGGAAAGCAGCCUGAAGGUACACAUGAGGAACCAUGCCGGAGACAGACCGUAUGCCUGUGCGCUUUGUGAUAAAACCUACAGUAAGUCAGCCCACCUUGCUAGACACAAGGAAACCCAUUUGGGGGAGAAGCCACAUGAGUGUCAGGAUUGUGGGAAAAGGUUCACACAAAAAAGUGACCUUUCUCUACACAAAAGAAUCCACACAGGCGAGAAACCGUUCCAGUGUACAGAUUGUGGGAAGAGCUAUCGUUGGGAAGGCAGCUAUAGAAUACACAGGAGAAUACACACGGGAGAGAAACCAUACAAGUGCUCAGACUGUGAGAAAUGCUUUCGAUCUAACCGUGCACUGAAAACACACAAAGAGAUGCACAAAACGGAGCAAUCAGAAAAAUCCUCAGAUUGUACAUGA